AAUUAGACAUUAAGUAUUCCUUUCAGGCGGUACACGCAGCGAUUUUCACAUUCGAACGGAAAUAAUUCAAACAAACUAAAUAAUCAUAACUGUCGCUACAGCUUUGUAACAUUAUUGAGCAUAGCCACAGAAGGAAAGGACCAACGGCUUGUUUAUACCAACAGCGGGAGCUGCAGUGCAGGUACUCGCUGAUUUUUUGUUUCAGAGCCACUGACAGAUCUCAGCAUUUUGUGACAAAGCUCUCAUAGCUCUUGGGACGACCGUUUCGUGUUGCGCGCGCUCGCAGAGCAUCAUCGAGGUUAUAAUAUAGCGCUUUUUACGCGAGCUGCCACCGUCGCCGCCGCCGCAAUCGAUAUCGUCAUGGCUAGAUACAACUUACGAUCACGACGACGGACGAUCGAGCCGACUUCAAGUUCGAUUGGCCCCGACGCUGCAGCAGCAGUUGCGUCCAACGCACCGGUUAACACGCCGCCGACGCCGCAGCCGCCGACCAGUGACGCCGACGAUCAAUCGCCGCCGCCUGCUACCGCAUCAUCAUCCACUGCUGACGCUAGUUCACCUGCAGCAGUAGCGGCUGCUGCUGCUACGACUACCGCUGCCGUCGAAUCAUCCACGUCCCCUGCCGAGGUGGUGCCCGAAGAAGGCCCCGUGACGACGACGACGACGGUCGAUCAAUCAGCAGCUACUACGACGACCACGACGACGUCUAGGACGCCGUCGCCACCGACAGAGCAAGCAGUACCGGUACCGGCCACGACGAGCAGUUCGACUUCUCCGCAAACGACGAGCACGCAGCCGCAGUCGCCAGUCGCGGUUGACGCACAGACAGCCGCUCCUGUUGUUGCUACUACUGCUACGGCAGUCACUACCAGCAGCACCACCACCCAAGACUCAACCAACAUGACUGCUGCACAAGAGCUGGCCAAGCACACUGUCGUCACUUCUGCUGCCAUGCAGCAACAACAACACACAGCAAACAACGUGGUGCCGAGCAGCAGUCCUACGCCGACUUCGAGCCCGCCAGUAGCCGUGAACACAUCCUCUGAUGCAGACAAUCAAAUCACAGAUACCAUCAAUCGUGUUGCUAGUGGUGCUGUUCCAAUAAUCCCAGUGAUCAGUCAGACAGUGCCUCCAGUGACUCAGGUCAUUUCCAAUGUCAACCAACUUGACACUGGAUCCGGACAAAUUACCCAAAAUCUUGCUCAAACUACUGCCUCUAUCAAUCAGCUUUCAGCCACGAUCGAUCAGGUUGCAUCUGGUAUCACGCAGGUCUCUACAGUAGGCAAUCAAAUUUCUACGCAGGUUCCUACUGUUGUGAAUCAAAUUUCCUCUCAGCCUCCUAUAACCCUUCAUCAAAUUUCCACGCAGCCUACUAAUUUAAAUCAAAUUCCCAUAAAAACUUCAACUAUUCCUCAUCAAAUUACCUCGCAGGCUCCAACCCUCCAACGCUCAAUAGUUACCGACCCUUCAAAAGCCCCUCAAAUAGCCAAGGGGAUCAUACGAUUGCCUGCACCUGGUAUUCAAGAAUCUAGUACUGUUAAUCCAAUCAUAACCAAACUGAAUCAAGGCCCUGCGGGCUCUGCACAAGCUUCGAUUCCUGUAAGUCAAGUUUCUUCUACUAUUAAUCCAGUCACAGCAACUAUCAAUCAGGUGGCUUCCGGAAUCACUCAAGCCUCUUCAUCUGUAAACACAAUUAAUCCAGUCACUGCAACUAUUAAUCAGGUUGCAGCUGGACUAACAGAAAUCUCGGCUCCUGUUAAUCAAGUUUCAACCACAAACAGUCAAGUUUCCUCUGGUAUUACCCCAGCCAUGGUGUCAAGCAAUCAACUUACUGCUACAAUAAAUCAAGUAGCUAGUGGUUUGGGUCAAAUAUCUACGCCUGUCAGUCACGCUGCUACUUCUAUGAAUCAAGUUUCUGCUACAAUUAAUCAGGUUGCAACAGGUUCUACGCCAGUCUCUGUCUCUGGAGUCACCGCAGCAACUCAACUGGCCAAUCUUGCAAAGGUACAAUCUGGUGAAAAUGUGAAACUUGUAUAUACUGGUACUGGUCAGAUCCUGACAACAGCUAACAUGGUUACUGGACCUAAUGGAAAAAUUGCCUUUCCGGCUGCCCAGCUUGCAAAUGGGACCAUUGCCGUUGCUGGAGGACAACCUGUGCUACAAGCCACAUCUAACACAGUGAGCAAUACUACUGGAACAAUUCGCAGCACAACUAAUCAGUCAGUUAAGCAGACUGCUUUGGUUAUUAAGGGUAAUAUGGCACCCACUGGCAUGGUAACUCUACCGUUAAGUGCCCUGCCAGUGAGUGCUACUGGCACAGCCUCUGCUAAUACGGUUACACAUGUUGCUAACACUGCUACACAGCCACAGACUGGUAAACAGACUGUGGUGUCUAAUCCUGCUGCUGCGUCUCAAACCCAAGCUGCAGCAUCCACGGUUAUGCCCAGUAAUGUACAGAUACUCAAUGUAAAUACUAUGCGACCAGCCACUACUGUGGCUAGUCAACAAGGUGGUAAACAGGUCAAUACUGCACGGGUUGUAAUAGGACAGCACAUGAUGCAAGGCAGAGCGGGAGCAUCGGGGAUAACUCUUCAGGCUUUGCAGAGUUUACAAGUUGCAUCCGCUGGAGGUCAUUUAUGGUUGAAGACAGAAAAUGGUCAACUACAAUUGUUAAGGGUUGGUCCAGCACCAUCUGCAAAUGCUCCAGCAGGAACUGUGCCCCCUACAAGUUUAGCAGGUCAAACUGUUGUAGGAACUCCAGGACCAACAGGCACAACAUACCGUCUGGCAACUUUGCCUGCUGUAAGUAGGCUGAAUACACAGUUUACUGGUCCAGCUCUAACCACAAUGAAAAGGCCUAUACAGACUGUUGCACCCACUGUUACAACAACAACAACUGUGACAACCCCUGCAACCACUGCUGUAGCAACUGUUACAACAACAGCACCAGCACCAGUGACCAAUUCAGAAAGUGUGCAAACACAGCGUAAUUCAUCAGAUAAUACCAAAGAAAAGUGCCGAAAAUUUUUAGCAAAUUUGUUAGAGCUGUCUAGUCGAGAGCCAAGACAGGUUGAACGAAGUGUUCGUACUCUGAUACAAGAAUUGAUUGAUACAAGAGUAGAGCCAGAAGAGUUUUGCGAUAGGCUUGAAAGGCUUUUGAACGCUUCUCCUCAACCAUGUUUGAUAGGGUUUUUGAAAAAGAGUCUACCGCUAUUACGGCAAUCUCUUGUUACCAAGGAGUUGGUAAUCGAAGGAAUAAGACCACCACCAGCAAAUGUUGUUUUUUCCAUAGCUUCAGCUACACCUACUGUAGUACAGCAAAACCAAAGGCCAACUGUUGCGGUUGCACCGGCUUCUACAGCAGGCGCACCUGCGCCUACACAAGUCAUUUCAUCUGCAGCGGCAAUUCCGUCUCCAAUGGUUCCAGGACAAAUACGUCUACAAGCUCCUCUCACAGGAAUCACAAAUUCUCCUCGGCCUCCUCAACCAAUAAUUCAGCAGAGAGCGAAUGCGAAAAAACCAGCACCAUCUAUCAUUACAAAAAAAGUACGACCUGCGACAACUGUGGUUCGUCCACCAACGCAAUUUCAAGUAAAAACUUCAACGGUUCCUGCUGCUCCACAACAGCCACCGAUUAUUAGACCACCACCUCCAGUAAUAAUUCAAAAAAAUUUACCAAGCACAGCUGCUGUUAAAACUGCCCAAGCUGGUCAAGUUGCUACAACUAAGGUUACUGCUAUCACCACAACUGUGUCCAAUCAAGUUAGCAAAGCCAAUGUGCCUUCUCCGCAAAUUAAGCAAGCGGUCAUUAAAGAAAAAGAAAAAAAGAACUUUUCGUCAGCAGCAUUCACUGGUGACGAUGAUAUUAAUGAUGUAGCAGCUAUGGGAGGUGUCAAUAUACUCGAAGAAAAUCAACAAAUUCUAGGCACGUCUAAGUUAGUUGGAACUCAAAUUAGAUCUACUAAAGAUGAGGCAUUAAUGCAACUGAGUUAUCUUCAGCAAAGAAUUAAUACCAUAGUGAGUCAGCAUGGACUAGAAGAACCUAAUCAGGAAGUUGCUACAUUAAUUUCACACGCUGCUCAAGAAAGACUUAAAAACUUGAUUGAGAAAUUGGCAAUCAUUGCCGAACACAGAAUAGAUCUUAAUAAAGCUGAUCCUAGGUAUGAAGUAACACAAGAUGUAAGAGCUCAAUUAAAAUUUUUAGAAGAAUUAGAUAAAGUAGAAAGAAAAAGACACGAUGAGGCAGAAAGAGAAACACUUUUGAAGGCUGCCAAAUGCCGAACAAAACCAGAAGAUCCCGAGCAGGCUAAACUCAAAGCAAAAGCGAAAGAGUUACAACGAGUGGAAAUGGAAGAAGCACGACAACGCGACGCUAAUUUGACAGCUCUGCAAGCUAUUGGUCCCAGGAAAAAGCCUAGACUAGAUCUUAGUGGAGCUAGCACUACCACCGGGCCAACUGGUAAUAGCAACGUUGCAGGAACAAAUACUGGUCUCAACAGAACAUUAUCAAUGCGACCUAGACUGAAACGUGUUAAUUUUCGUGAUUUGCUUUUCUUACUUGAACAAGAAAAGGAAACGUGUAGAAGUACAAAUUUAUAUAAAGCUUAUUUAAAGUGAUGGACACCUUAUGUGCAAUAGGACGUGCUUCCUCAAUCUAUCUGUCUGUAAAUUACAGUCUAUUUACUCAGAUUGAGAGUGGAUUAAAAUCUAGGAUAAAUUUUCAAAGAAAACAUUUCUUUUUUGUGUUUCCAUAUGAAUCACCAUUUAUUUACUCAGUUAUCUGUUACAUGAUUAACAGUGAACACGAAUGGCGAAUUUUCUGUAAAAAUCAAUGUGUAUAUUGUCAAAAACUUCAAUUUCUUAUUGAAGUUCCGGUUUUAGAUAUUUUUAAGCUGGAAGUGAAAAUAAUUAUAUUAUAAGAAAAGCCUUGAAGGUAUAUCAGCCCAAUUUACUGAUAAUUGGUGUGAGCUGUAGUUCAGAUCCUCUAUUUAUAAUUGCAUAAAUUGUACAGCAUGUUUGUAAUCAUUUUUUUUCUUCAUUCAUCAUUUACAGUGAACAUAAAUGUGUUAGGUUGCGUCAAUAUCUUUAUUAAUUAAUAAUAAAUUAUGUGCUAAAUUUAAUUGUCGAGGUAGAAGUUGAAUAUUGUUUUCGUAAUUUAUGUAGUUUUUUCAGAUUUUCUACAAACCAUCUUUGUAACGUUUCAACCUAUAUAGACAUCUUUAAGAAAAUUGGAAAAUUUUCUCCAAGUAAGAUAUGUCAACUUGGAGCUAGUGUAAUUUUACACCUUCAUGUACGGUUAAAUUUUGAUGGUUUGUAGAACUUUUUUGAAUGAUAAAAAAACAUACCACUCGUGUAAUCGAUUAUUGGUGCCGAUAAAAUUUAUGCUAUUGUUUGAAUAUAUAUUUAAAUUACAAAAACGGCGACCGAAAAAAUGUCUAUGAAUGUGCCUGAAUAUUCGUGUGAACGAUCUUGACGAAUUAAUAAUUGGUUACAUGAUUGCAAGAUAACUACAAAAUGAGAAACUUAUCUUGGUUACUGUUAAUUCUUGAUUAUUAAUUAGCCUCAAUUUACGAGAACAUUUUGCGCCUAUAUAAAAGCAAUUUUUUAUAUAAUUAGUGCUGCAAGAACUUUAAGCUGCAAUCUUUCUAUGAAAUUAUCAUUGAAAACUUGAUAGGUCGUAGAUCAAUUGAUUUCUGAUCUGAAUUUAUACAUCACUAAUUGAGCAUGUUUUAUGAAAUGAAUAUGCUUCAAGAAAACUAAAAUUUUGUCUUAAAAACUCAUUUUAUGUUUGUUUUGUAUCCAUAAGGGUAUCAUGAAAGCGAUUAAAAAAUGCACAAUGCAUGAGGUACAUCUUCAUAAAUAUCGAUAAAAUGUACAUAAAUCUAUAUGAAUAUCGAUGGACCGAAAAAAUGUGUCUUUUAAAAGUUGUUGUUCCAAAAAGAAUAAUUUUUGGUUCAAUUCACCAAAAUUGUGGGUGUACAUAGUUAAGGCUGUGCUUCUGCGGAGAUGUAAUACUGAUGUAUAAUAAAAAAUUGGCGAAACCACUGUAAAGGUUGUAUUUAAAGCUAAAUUUUUUACAACUAAAUAGUUUUUUUACAGUUGUUUCAAUUUUCAACUUUUAAUCGAUAAAUAAUAUAUGAUUCUAUGUGUGAGUUACCCCUUUCCCAGAAGCUGUAAAUAUAUAUUUAAUCCUGCAUUGCUCUCGAGUUAUGCCUCGUAAAAUUGUGUUUUUGUUAUUGAUUUUGUAAGUGUAUUUACGAUGAUUAGAAUAAAAUUUAUUAAAAAGAUCAAA